GUUCUGGACACCGACAACAUGCGCGUCGGACUGUACCUGAGAGACGAGAUUAUACGGCUUGCCUCUUAGUUGAGUCACUCACAACGCGCAUCUCGCAAACACGCCAUCCUACACCAAAGAUGCAAGGGCAUUCAACUCCACAACCAAGAACAAAGAGCUACGACGCCCGACAACGAACCACCGCCCCGCUGCCCAGGAAACCAUGGCGGUCUGGGCAAGGGUUGCGGGCGACAAAUCCACGAGAGUUGGAACGCUUCGUCGACAGUAGCAGGGAUGGGAUCGAGUGCGUGGGCGUCGGGCGUGAGAGCAGACUGACGGCAAGGACAUCGACGGCAACAUCGAUUAGUUGGGAUGGGUUGACGCUAGACCCAAGGCCUUUCGCACGGUUCGACGAGCACAACACACUCACUACCGGGAAAAAGCCGGCCGGUAGCGCCGGAGCUCGGGUGAUGGUUCUUGAGGGGCACGCGCCGGGAGGAAUAUUUGGGCGGCCAGUAACAGGUCCUGGAAGGAUGCAGUGGACGGUUGAGCAGGAGACCUCUCGCGUGAUGGCACCAGACAAUCCUUUCAGAAGGGCGACCGUGUGCGGGGGAGGCGUUAAUGUGGAGAGACCGUUCUUCGAUUCCGCGCUUGCAGUCGUGCCGAAAGUUCAAGCCGUCCGCCCUCCUACGUGCCUAAGUCGGGCGGGGCCUCAGGGGGACCGCGCCCUCUUGGCACCGGAGGAACGUCGGGAGAUCAACGACUACGACACGAAGAUGCAGAACGCUGAGAGGGUCGGCCGGAAAGCCAGGCAUCAAAAGACGAGGCUUGAUUUCAUCCUGAAGCAUCGCUACCCGGAGGGUGCCAUAGGCGUGGACUCUCCGUCAAACCCUACCUCGGAGGUUCACGCUGAGACGAGGCUCACCAGGGAAAAGAAGGAGGCGGCUUCAUCCGCCCACGCCUCUGCACGACGGCAUCGUCUGGACGACAUCCGGGGGGAUCCCCGACCUCGCUUCGGGUACGACCCUUGGCAGCACCCCGAUCUCCCGGCCGGAGGCGGAAUCCAACAAGGCGUUUUCGGAGGGGUGACCGCUGAGGGUGGUGGAUGGGGUGCGAUAAAACAGGUCGGGGGAAACGGCGGGGAGCACUUCUUGCAGACUAAGACCAGAAAGGGUUCGAGACAGGCCUGCGGCGCCGAUGUGCCUCCAGCGGGGAGCCGAAUUGGCGACAACAUGACACGCGGACAGCAGCCCUCCGCGAUGGGGCACGCGCGGAGCGAGACCUUCAUCAAUAUCCUUGGGAUGAGACAGAAGAUCCCGAAGUCGGACCCCCGCGUCCGUGCUCAGGCCCUGUGGGACGAAGGUUGCGGCAGGCGGUCCUACAACAUCGUCACCGGCGUGCAGCUGCCGUUGCCUUCCGUCAAGGCUGAGCGACCCCCCGGCCGCCUUGCGCACCCGUCGCAGCAGUCGCUUGAGCGAGGUAGAAACCUGCAGGCGUCGCUGAUUGCGGCAUGA